AUGCGCAUCACAACCUGGGGCGGCGAGCCGCAGCGCACCUCGUCCUUCGACGGCGAGGAGUACCUUGAUCGGUGCGGCGUUGCGCCGUACAUGCGCGACGCGCUCGCGCUGCUGCUCGAGAACCGACCAGCAGAACCGAUUGGGUUUCUGGUGCAGUACUUCCAUGCGGCGCUCAGCGAGUCGACCGCGCUCACGCGGGCGCUCCGCCUCAUCCGCCUCGCGCCCCGCAGCCACACUGCGUUUAAAGACAACCUCGUCGCAGCAUUUGCAGCGCUCGGCGGCCAGCAGGCGGCCGUCAUAAACCACGACCCACUAAAAACGCUCAUCCAAGAGUACUAUCGCAGCAUCCUGCGCGCGACACUGCGGGGCGAGUGCGGCGGUGGCGCCGACGACGCGCUCGUCGACAAGGCGGUGCGGAAGUCCCAAUGCCCAGCUGACGCCUCGCCCGUGCGGACUUGCUGA